AAAGCUUUCAGGUUUGAUGGCCAUCUCAGGCACUAUCCAGAGCAGCUCAGGAUUUGUCUAUUACCUGAUGCCCAACCAAUCUCUGUGCCUAUGUACAGGGCUUCCCCCACAAAGCAGGAAGUAAUAGAUAAACAACUACAAGCCUGGUCCAAGCAAGGCAUGAUUGAGGUGUCUAUCAGCCCCUGGGCUUUUCUGGUGGUGAUUGUGUAUUGCAAUGGUAAAGUGCAUUUU